UUAAGAUUGGCUAAUACAGUUCGUACCGUUUACGAAUUAAACCUGGUUCGAACUAUCUUGCCUCUUACAAUUCCGCCUAACGGGGAACGAGUUAACUUUUCAUUCUGCUCAAACCUCUGGAGUGCAUUCGAUUAUAAAACUCUUCAGACACGAGUGUCGUCGGUGAGCAUGUGCAAUAAAGCAAUCUGAAUUGAUGUAAUCGAAUGCCGAGUGUCGGGCUCCAAUGUAAACAAAUAUGGCCGAUAAAGUGGGCAUAGUGUUAGCUGUUGAUUAUUUCCUUGAUGAAGAGGACAUAGAUGAGGAUGAUGAGGAUAUUCUCCCACAUUAUUUUGUUAACGUUAUCAGAAGAGAACGUGUACCAUCGAUAAAAUCUUUCUACGAAGAAGUGUUACCAGAUUUUUCUUUUCUUGAUUUUAGUAAACAUUUUCGGCUAACAAAACAAACAUUUACCCGUUUAUUUCGGGAGAUAGAACCUAAUAUUGCGAAGGAUGUUCGAACACAAGGCAGACAACCGAUAUUAACAGAGAAACGAGCCAUGGUAGGCCUGUGGUAUUUAUGUAAUACAACUUCCAUGAGAGAAAUUUCUUUACUGUUUGGGAUUUCACAGUCAACAGUUUUUGAUUGUGUCCAUGACUUUUGUUAUGCUUUAUGCUCAGUCCGGAAUCGAAUUAUUUCUUGGCCAGACCCCCAGCGUCAACAAGAAAUUUCUGACCACUUUGAAGCUGAGUGUCAAAUACCCGGUAUAGUGGGAAUAAUUGAUGGUAGUCACAUCACUCUAACCAGUGUUCCUAAUGGAGAUCAAGAUUAUAUCAACCGAAAAGGGUAUCCUUCACUGCAGUUACAACUUAUUGUAGAUCAUAUAUUACUUAUAACAGACAGCUUCGUUGGAUGGCCAGGGUGUACCCAUGAUGCCAGGGUAUUCAGAAACUCAGAUAUCCACGACGAGUUGGAAAAUGGAAUUUUAAAUCCACAGUUUUUUAUCAUUGGAGAUUCUGCCUACCCACUGAAACCUUACUUGAUGACUCCUUUUCGUGACAAUGGAAGGUUAACUGUCCCCAAGAGACAUUAUAACAGAAAGCUGUCAACAUCACGUCAGAGUGUAGAAAGAGCUAUUGGCUUACUGAAAUGUCGGUUCAGAAGACUUACAAGCCUACCCUGUUUGAGUGUAGAACGUGCUUGCAAACUCAUAACUGCAUGCUGUGUGCUUCACAACAUGUGUAUUCUGUCAAAUGACUCUGUUAAUGACAUGCUGGAUGACCUCCCUCCAUACAAUUACAUCAACAACUAUGGACCACUUUAUGGAAAUGCCCCCCUUGGUGUACAUUUCCGUAAUCAAAUUGUUCAGUAUCUGCAAACACUGUAAAAUUUGAACAUUGUAAAUAAGAACCAAGAAACCAAUUGUUUGAAGACAAGAUUGUAUUUGAAAUGAAAGUUUCAUUAAACUACAAAUCAAACUUAA